UCUUCAUCUGGACUUCUCUCUCCUUCUCUUCCUCCCACUGUCUUUGUCCGUCUAUUCCUAUACGUCGUCGUUCUCCUCUCCGUCCUUGCACUCUGUCCGUCUCUGCUUUGCACUCUCUUCGACACACGCCCCCCUCCAGCUCGCAGUCGUAGUCGAAUCGCAACCCCCUCCUUGCAUUCCUCCGAGUCAGAAUCGCAACACACGCCACCUCCUUCUGCGCGACUUCUCCUCUGCAGGUGACUCUCUUCUGUCCGGUAAAAGUAAUCAAAAGUUGCUACCGAUAAGCCUCAGAAGUUUUGAAUUAUAUUGAGAGCUAGAGUUUAGAUAUGCUCAGUGGAAUCAAAUUUAUACCCCGUGAGGAGUUUGAGAAGGUACAAGAUGACAAGGGAAAGAAAUCAGGCAAUAAAGUCUAUGGGAAAGGAAAAGAUGGAAGAAGAAGUAGAAAAAAGAGUUACAGUAGUUCAGAUGAUGAGCUCAAAAAAAUAAAAAGAAGGUCCAGAAAAAGCAAGAAGUGGAGCUCAUCUGAGGAGGAUAUUAGCCCGAGUGAGAGUGAUUACAGUUCUGAUAGAGAUGAAAAGAGGAAUAGGAAUAGAAUUAGGAAAAAGAAUAAGAGGAGGAGUGAUGAUUGUCUAGGGGAUAGCAAGGGAUCAAAAAGAAGAUCAAACGGAUCCGAAAAACACUAUUCAUCUGAGUAUUCUUUAUCUACUUCCGAGGAUGAGCAUCAAGGCGGAAGUCGACAAGAUAGAAAGAAAAGGGAGAGUUUGGUCGGGGAUUUAUCAGAUGACGGUAGAAGGACUAAUUCAGUGAAGGAGACAGAAAUUGUGAGGAAAGAAAUGGGGCUGGAGUGGAUGCUUAGACCUGGAGAGAGGAUUGGCGGAAAGCCAAAGGAGGUUGUGGACAAAGAACCAGAGGAACCUGCUACUGAGGAGCAGAUAAAAAGAGUGAAUCCCAAAGAGUUGAAUCCAUAUUUAAAGGAUGAUGGAAGUGGUUAUCCUGAAGAUGCAGAUGAUCGAAAAGCUGGUGGAGACAAACUCUUAACUUCGUCAGUUGUUGGGGACGGUGGUGCCAGUUGGAGACUGAAAGCGUUGAAGCGUGCACAAGAGCAAGCAGCUCGUGAGGGGCGAAAUCUUUCGGAUGUUGUAGGGGAACGAUGGAGUUCUCUUGGUGAACUUACAGUCUCUGCGGCAUCUCAUAUUGCUGCCCCGUCCCGUGCUCAUUUGCAUGCCAUAAAGAAUAGAAAGAAGGGGCUAACUGAGGAACACCAAAGUGGUACAGACAAUGAAACCAAAAAAGUUAUGGAAAAGAGCAUCGGUCGCGACUACCUCAAAGAUGUUUCUGUCCGCCAUCCUAAAAUGAAGGCCCCUAAAGUUCAUGGUUCUUUAUCAUGGGGAAAACGAAAAGCUCAAAAUUUAUCUAUGGAAGAUGCUGCUGUGAUAACUGCUGCAACAGCUAGCUUGAAUAAAUUUUCCAAUGAUGGAAGUUUCAUGAGUGAAGUUCUAAGUCAAAGUACUAAUCUUGGUGGUUCAGGGGGUACGAGUUCUAAUCAUGAGGGAAAAUCAGAGCCACAACUACCUAGUGAAGGUAGUGUUGUGGUUAAAGAGGUAUUAAGUGCAAAUCAACUGGCAGCUAAAGCUUUGCAGCUUCGAAUGAAAGGAAAAUAUGAAGAAGCUGAGAAACUUUUGCAAGAAGGUGAAAACAUGAAGGUGAAUCACAGUGCGCUGGAUGGUGGUGCAACUAGACCACAAAAAUCUGAAAAUAUUAGCAGAUAUAUAAUUACGGAUUUAUCUACCAGAAAGGAGGAGGAUGCUGAUAGGCAUCUAGCUCAUAAGAUUAUGCAGAACAAGCAGUACAGUUUAUCUGGUCGAGCAGAUGAUGAAUAUGAUUUUGAAGAUGGUCCCAAGAAAAAGUCCCGGAAGAAAGGGGGAGAUGAUGAUCACAAAGUUUCUGGGAAGAACAGUUUUGCGAAGCGCAUCUUGACUCAGCAAGAACGCUGUAUCUUUUGCUUCGAGAACCCAAGUAGACCAAAACAUCUUGUUGUAUCCAUAGCAAAUUUCUCUUAUUUGAUGUUGCCGAAGUACCAGCCUCUAGUGCCAGGACAUUGCUGCAUCUUAACGUUGCAGCAUGAGUCAGCCACGAGGACUGUUGAUGAUAACGUAUGGGGUGAAAUUCGCAACUUCAAGAAAUGCCUCAUAAUGAUGUUUGCAAAGCAAGAAAAGGAUUUGGUGUUUAUCGAAACAGUGAUGGGAUUGGCUCAGCAACGUCGUCAUUGUAUGAUUGAGUGCAUUCCGGUGCCUAGAGAAAUUGCAAAACAGGCCCCACUUUAUUUUAAAAAGGCGAUUGACGAAGCUGAAGAUGAGUGGAGCCAGCAUGAUGCAAAGAAGCUCAUUGAUACAAGUGUGAAGGGUUUGCGUGGUUCAAUCCCCAAGAAUUUUCCAUACUUCCAUGUGGAAUUUGGUUUGCAUAAGGGGUUUGUCCAUGUCAUUGAUGAUGAGACCAAUUUCAAAAGCAGCCUUGGCCUUAACGUUAUAAGAGGCAUGCUACAAUUGCCAGAGGAAGACAUGUACCGUCGCCGGCAGCACGAGACAAUUGAGGCUCAAAAGCAAGCUGUUGCAAAAUUUGCUCAAGAAUGGGAGCCUUUCGAUUGGACGAAACAGCUCGAUUAAGUGAUAUGGGGCCAUUGUACAUGCAAAUUUCUAAAGGUGGGAUCGAUCGAGAGCGGAGAUCAGUGAUUCAGUGGGUUUGUCCAGGAAGGAUUAGUGAAGAAGUUGAAGGAGUUGGUUAUUUGUGAUAUUUUAUAUAUACAACUACCAGAGAAUUGACAUGAACCAAGCAUCAUUCAUACAUACAGGAGCACACUUGGGGUGUGAUUCAUAAGGGUUGAGUCUGUAUACUUGGGAGGUUACCAUAUUUUAAUCCCAAGUCAUGUCUAAUUGUAGGGCAAAAUUUGUUUUCUUUGUUAAUUUAUAUAGACCCCUAAAACAGAACAUGAUUUUCGUUCUCCUAUGUGGAAUCAGGGCAUGAGAUAGGGACUUCAUUGU